AUGUAUGUCCGUCCUUCUGAUGAUGAUGGAAUAAAUUUUUAUCAAGAUUCUGAUGGAGAUGUAAUUGGCUUUGAAUAUUUACUUUUUGCCCAAUUUGAAUUUGUUGGUUUAUCCGUUCGUAAACAAGCAGCCAAAGCACUCUUCGAAGAUAAUGAAAAAGGUGGCUUCUUGAAGCAAAUCAUUUGGAUUAUCAUAUCCUACAUGCAAAUGACUGAGGAACAGGUUGAAAUUUGGUCAUCAGAUGCAAACCAAUUUGUUGCUGAUGACGAUGAUGAAACUUUUAACUAUAGUGUUAGAGUUGCAGCAAUAGAUUUAUUACAAAUCUUACUGGAUAAAUUCUCAGAACAAGCACUACAAGCUCUUGCUGAUACUACCAAGCAUCUUAUAGAAGAAUCUGACAAAGCACGUGUUGCAGGUGAUACUGGUUGGUGGAAAAUGCAAGAGGCUUGUUUAAAAGCAAUUGGUUAUGUUUCUGAUGAUUUCUUGUUAGCAAUUCAAGAUUCUAAAGUGAAUUUUGAUCUCUCUGGAUUGUUUGAACAUGUCGUGUUUAAUCAUAUUGCUGCAACAGGGCGAGCAAUUGUGUUUUCCAGUCAAUUUGCUACAUUCUUAUCCGAAGAAUUCGCAUCACGAUAUGUUGCUGCCACUGUUGAGGCCAUUCAACGGAUUGAAUCCAUCCCUGUCAAAGUAUCCGCUUUAAGAGCAUUACAAAAUUUCUGUCGUCAUUUGGAUACACAAUAUGUAGCACCAUAUCAAUCUAAUAUAAUUGAAGCAGUAGCAACUCUGUUGAAUGUUACAUCCGAGGAUUCAUUAAUUUUAGUGUUAGAAACAUUAGAAUUUGCAAUCAAAAUAAAUAAUGAAGUAACAGCCGGGUAUGAACAUAUGAUAGGACCAUUGAUAAUUGAUGUGUGGAUGAAAAAUCCUACUGAUCAUCUUGUUGUUUCAGUUAUAACCGAUCUUUUUGAAUCUUUAGCAGGCAAUACAGCUGCUUAUUCCUCAUUUCAAGCCAGGGCAUUGCCAUCUUUAGUUAAUAUAAUAAACAAUGUUACCGAUUCUGCAGCGAUUGCGUCAGCAAUAGAUUUAAUAGCAAGUUUAGUUAAAGGGGGACCAUCACCUUUGCCUUCGUCGUACGUUGAACACAUAUUUCCUUCAUUAAUACAUUUAAUGUUAAUACAUGAAGACAGAAGUAUAUCACAGAGUGGUGAAGUUUGCUUGAAAUAUUUUAUACAAAAAGAUUGUGGACAUAUCGCACAAUGGACGGAUACAUCUGGAAAGACAGGCUUAGAUUAUGUUAUACAAUAUAUUGCAAAGGCUCUUCAACCAAAAGAGAGUGAAUCCGCUGGUUUUCUCGGUGAUCUGGUGGUAAAACUUAUUAAAAAGGCAGGUAAUAGAAUCGUGCCCGUACUUCCAGAAUUACUUAAGGCAGCUGCUACCAAGUUAGAAGGAGCAAAAACUGCUACUUUUAUACAGUCGUUAGUUAUGAUAUUUGCGCACUUAAUGUUAAACCAGUUGUCUACAGUUGUUGAAUUCUUGAAUACGUUGGAUAUAAAUGGACGAAAUGGUUUAGAGAUAUUGCUCAAUACUUGGCUUGAAAAUCACGAAAGUUUUCAAGGAUAUUACAGUAUUAAAGUUAGUGCCAUUGCACUAUCUAAACUAUUUCUUUCCGGAGACCCACGAAUACAAGGUAUUCAAGUUAAAGGUGAUUUAAUUGUCACUAAUUCUUCUAGGAUUAUGACUCGGUCGAGAAGUCGAAAAAAUCCUGACCAGUUUACCUAUGUUUCCGCCAACGUAAAGAUAAUUAAACUACUUAUCUCGGACCUUCAAAAUUCAUCAGAUAGCGAUGUAAAACGAUCAGAACUGGAUUAUGAUGAAUAUGACGACGAAGACAGCGUUGAAACCGAUGAUGAAUGCGAUGAAUGGGAAGAUGUAGAAGAACCUUCUCCGUUUGCUCCAGCCGAAGAUUAUGUUGUUCUUUCUGAAUACCUAGAUAAAGGGAAAGACCUUGACGAUGUCGAUGAUGACCCAGACAUAAAAGAAGAUCCUGUUUAUCUUACGAAUCUUAGAGAUUAUCUGACCGACUUUUUUCGUCAUUGUGCAAUGCAGAAUGAGAAUAAUUUUGUUCAAUUAUGUUCCGAAUUAAACGAAGAUGAGCAACAAAAAUUACAAUCAUUAGUUAAUGGCAAACAUACAUAA